AUGCCCUCCAAACAAGGCCAACCAGGUCGGAAACCCUUCCUCCUGGCACCCUACGUCUUCGGCAUCCAAACAGUCCCCCUCUUGGCAAGCGGAAUCUACACCCUCCUAUAUCCCGCAGCCGCAGCAUCUCUCCCGGAUUCACCCUUACAAGGACUAAGCAAUGGCACCAUUCAAGCACUGAGCUUGACAUCCCUAUCACUGGGCUCAUUCUACGCAAUCGCGUCCUACCAGAAUAACAUCCCUAUGAUGAUUGCGGCAGUUCCGGGUCGGCUUCUGGCUAUGGUCGUGUUUCAUCGGAGUGGUGGGGGGUGGAAGAGUGUUGCUCCUUUUGAGGGUGUGAUGGGCCUUUUGACGGCUUUCGGAUUGUGGUGGGAUUGGCGUGGUUUUGGUGUGAAGGAUGAGAAAGAGGAGUGA